AUGGCGUACUGCCAUGCCAUCCGCCAGCUUGAGGACAAAUUCGACAGUCUCGAGCUCAACCACGUCGCAAGACGCUUCAACGAGGCAGCCUACGAACUGGCAAAGGCAUCAUUCGGCCGGGGGCCAGUCCCCGCCGGUGUGUUUGUCAAUAACUUGCAUAAGCCCUGGGUCUACUAUGAAGAACCAGGAGAGGCUGGCACCAAGACACUUGUCCCGGACCCAGAGGCUGACCCCUCCGACCCUGAGGUUAUGGAGAUCGACACAGAAUCGACAAAAGGGCCCGACCCUCUGCCUGACUGGAGAGCUCCGUACCUUGACUACCUCAUCUGUGAGUCACUCCCAACGGACAAGACGGAAGCACAGAGGAUUGCCCGUCGCGCCAAGUCCGUCGUCAUCAUUGACCAAGAGCUCUACAAGCGAAGCCAUACUGGGAUCCUACAACGCUGCAUCCCCUCCGAUCAAGGAAGGUCGCUGCUCCAUGACAUCCACGCCGGGGCCUGCGGUCACCAUGCCGCACCAAGAACCCUCAUCGGGAACGCUUUCCGACAAGGCUUCUACUGGCCGACGGCAGUCGCCGACGCCACCCGCGUGGGUCUCAAGCCACAGAUCUUCAACCGCCUCAACAAGUUUGGCAGGCGAUGGGUUGUGGAACUCCCCGCGGUCCUAUGGAGCCUAAGGACGACCCCCUGCAGGGCAACUAGCUUCACCCCAUUCUAA